AUGAAAAGAAGGAAAUUCCAUCUAGCAUCUAGAUGCCCCUUCUGCAAGCAAGAUGAAGAGAAUUUAGAACACAUUCUUUGGUUCUGUAACUUUAGUGAGAUUAUUUGGAAGUGGCUGGGAGGGAUUUUUAACUUUCUCAAUCCAAAAUCUCUGGAGGAUAUUCUAAACUAUGCACAUUUAAAGAGUCCUGUAGUGAAGAAAAUUUGGAGAAAUGCAGCUUUCAUCACAAUGAAGGAAAUAUGGUUCUUAAGAAACAAAGUGGUGUAUGAAAAUGCUUCAGCAGAUCAAGAAUUGGUGAAAAGAAGAAUAGUGAAAUUUACCCAUGACAGUGACUGCAGAAUGAAGCGAACAAUGUGGAACUCUAUCUAUGACCUGGAAGUUAUUAAGUUCUUCAAUCUCAGUUGCAGGAAAGUCAAAAAAUUUCAGGUUAAAGAAAUCUUCUUCUCCCUCCCAAAAGAGAAUCAAAUCCUAUUUUGCGGUGAUGGAGCAUCAAAAGGAAAUCCUGGUCAAGCUGGUUUUGGAUUUAUAUGGAGAGACUGGAAUGGAGAAGUACUAGUAGAUGCCUCAGGAGGUAUGGACAUUGCAACAAAUUUUCUUGCAGAAGUAAUGACAGUCUUAUGUGUAUGUGAGUGGGCAAUUUCUAAAGGCUUACUUAAUGUAUGCUUUAGAUCAGAUUCAAAAGCAACCAUUGCAACAUUCAUAUCAGGAAAUCUUCCUUGGUUUGCUAUCACUAGAUGGAACAACAUAUGUGCUAAACUUCAAUGGGAGUUCAUUUACAGCUUCAGAGAAAUCAACUUCUCUGCUGAUUCAUUAGCAUAA